GCCAUAUUGGAAUGAGGCAGUGAGCAGCGGUGGGGGGUGAGGAGCUGAGGGGAGAGAGAGCAGCGCACCGGGCCCGGGGAAUCUGCCUGGAAAAAGUCCGGACGGGGUUGGUUGAAUGGGAACUCUGAGUGCUGGCCUGAUGUCACAGACACCGCUUGCAAAUCCCACCGGUGGUCCCCCUACUGAGAUGAUCGCCCAGGGAAAAAAACAUGAAGAUACAAAUGCAGACUCCAGUCUUGAGGAGGCAGAAUUUAACUGGGAGGAGUAUCUGGAAGAGACGGGGAGUACAACAGCUCCUCACAGCUUUUUCAAACAUGUCGACACCUCCAUGCAGACUGGUUUGUCCCCAGGAAUGAAAUUAGAGGUCCCGCUUGGGACAGACCCCCAGUCUUACUGGAUUGCAAGUAUCAUCACUACUUGUGGCAAAUUGCUGCUUCUGAGAUAUGACGGAUGUGGAGAAGAUCGAUCUGCAGACUUCUGGUGUGAUAUUGUGACUUCUGACCUUCAUUCCAUUGGCUGGGCCCAGCAGAACAAGAAGACCCUUAGACCCCCUGAAAUUCUAAAGGACAAAUUGCAGAAUUGGGAAGAAUUUCUUGCAGAGACAUUGAAAGGAGCUUUCAGUGCACCUACUCAUCUGCUUGAGGGCCCACACAGAGGAAAAGACCCGCUAGAUCUGUUCGGGCCUGGUUGUAGGCUGGAGCUUCAGCAUUCACAGGACUCCUUGGCCACAUGGCCAGUUCAAGUGCUAGACAACAUUGGUGGAAGACUUCAGCUGCAGUAUGAAGGGGCCCCUGACUGCCCAUUGCUACACUGUUUCUACCUUAACUCAUCCCUGCAUGAAAUAGGGUGGGCUAAUCGAAAUGGCUAUGAACUAAAGCCCCCCAAAGAAAUUGUUUCUCUGAACACAGAUGAGAAAUGGAAAGAAAUACUGACCAAGUGCUUAGAAGACAGUGAAAACUUUGUACCAACUGAGUUCUUUCAGGAACAGGCUCAAAUUCCCAAUCAUACAUUUAAGUCUGGCAUGAAGAUUGAGGCAAUAAACCCCAAAGAUCCAUCAUGCAUUGUUCCUGCAACAGUGACUGAGGUCUUCAAUGACCAGUAUUUCCUGGUUGAACUAGAUGAUCUAAGGCCUGACAACUCUACGGACCAUCAGUCCAUGGUGUGUCACAGGAAUAGCCCACACAUUCUCCCUGCACGAUGGAGCCUGAAGAUGGGCCUGACUGUCUGCUCCCCUUCUGGUUAUUCAGAAGAGGUCUUUGACUGGGAUAAAUAUCUGACUCAUUGCAAUGCGCACGCUGCUCCCGACAGUUGCUUCCCCGAGGUCCAGAAUGAACAUGUUCUUCAGGAACGCAUGAAGCUCGAGGCCGUCAAUCCCUUUCAGCCACGGGAUAUCUGCAUUGCCACUGUAACGAGGGUCAACGGCCUUUACAUCUGGCUCCAGCUAGAAGGCGUGAAGACUCCUGUUCCCGAGUGCAUUGUGCAUGUAGAAUCCACUGACCUCUUUCCAAUGGGAUGGUGUGAAACUAAUGGGCACCCCUUAUGUACCCCACCUCCUACAAAUGCAAAACCUCGGAAGAAGACUGCUAGACACUCUCAGAAACAAGAUGUGACUGCUAAGAAUAAGCAUGGAGUAAAUGAGUCAGAUACUACAGCCAGCAACAUCACAUCCAAUGGGAAAUAUCUCUGCCCCAAGAUCUUUUUCAACCAUCGCUGCUUCUCAGGUCCCUAUCUGAACAAAGGACGGAUAGCAGAGCUACCAAAAUCUGUGGGUCCAGGAAACUGUGUUUUGGUCCUUAAAGAGGUCUUAUCGUUAAUCAUCAACGCCGCUUACAAGCCAAGCAGAGUCCUACAUGAACUGGAAUUACAGGAUGAACCAUUGUGGCCUCAGCAUGCAGAAAUUUUGAAAGCCAAAUAUAAAGGAAAAACAUACCGUGCCACAGUCGAAUUGGUGAGAACAUCAGACCAGGUGUCAGAGUUUUGUCGGAAAACCUGUAUCAAACUGGAAUGCUGCCCAAAUCUCUUUGGGCCUCUUAUGGUUCUUGACCAGUGCUCUGAAAACUGUUCAGUACUAACAAAGACUAAAUAUACUCAUUAUUAUGGAAAGCGUCGUGGGAGGAACUUGAGCAAUCCUACAGGCAUUUUGCGCAGCAUAGAGGCUGCCCUGAAGAAGCCUGCUAAGAGGAGGAAGAGAAGGAAACACUUCUUUGUCCACAAGAAGAAGCGCUCAUCCAACUCUGUAGAGAACACACCUGUCGGAAGUCCUCAGGGAAGUGGUGACGAGGAGGAGGAGGAAGAUGAGGAUUACUCCCCAAGUGAAGAAAGUGUUCAAGAACAUCAAGAGGGCUCAGAACUCUCUGGGAAAGGGUCUUCAUCAGCCUCCCCUACUCGUAGUGAACAGUCGCUGAACUGUGAGAAGAAAAGAAAACCUUGGAUGCUCGAAAGUGAAAAGCUUCUGUCUGCUAAGGAUAUCCGUAUUGAGUUGAAGGAGCCCUUGACACUAAAUGGAAGCCCACUGGACUGGACUGUGAAUGAUGUUGUCGAAUACAUCAAGUCCACAGAUUGUAAUCAUCUUGCACGACUCUUUCAAGAACAGGAAAUAGAUGGAAGGGCACUUUUAUUGCUCAAUCUCCCUGCUGUUCAGGACUGUAUGGAUCUCAAGCCUGCCAUGGCCAUCAAACUGUGCUACCACAUUGAACGAGUGAAGCUGGCUUUCUACCAAAGCUUUUCUCAAUAAAGUAUCCUGUUUUUGGAUAGUGGACAUACAUUGUGCCCGGCACAGCCCAUAUAUGUACCAGCCUUAAGGGAUUUGCACUUUUAUAGAACUGUCACUUGUUUACAAGUCCUCAGGCCAUUUCAGUCCUAGGCUUGGAAAUAUGAGGAGAUGUGUAUAUAGUCACUGCUACCCACUUACUUUUAUGGUGCAGUUACUACAGCAGCCACCAACUCACCCAUGGGUUAUUGGGGAUGUGAUAUGCAAUGCAGUAUAGCAAGCUGGAUGAAAACUUGUAUUUGUAAGAAGUGACGAGGGUACUUGAUAAGCAGCCAUUUUUCUUUAUUGAUUUAGACUUCUGGAGCUAGAGAAAGUUAAUUUGUUUUUGUAAAGGGACGCUGUUGUAUGAUAUAUGAAAUAUGGAUUUAUCUGAAAAAGACCUUUUAAGAUGUGUUUAGUUUAUUUCUUUUGUGUGUUAACUUUGCACAAAGUCUUAAUUUUAGUUGUAGUUUUUGUACAUACACUUCUGUCCUAAACAUGCACAUGGAGAAGAAGAUGGGAGUUAUAAUCUCUGGACAGCAGUUUAACCAAUGCAAUUUAAAACUGAAGUUAGUAUCUUUCAGCUUUCUAUAUGUUUUUAGGCAAAAAUACUUGAUUAAAGUAUUAUCCUGAAAGGCAAUCCUUAAAGUACUCCUUAAAGGCAGUAUCUGGUAAUGCAUUUUUAAAUAAUAAGUUGAGGAGUUCUCAGUUGAAGGGGUUCUUUGAGACUGGGACAAAGGAUUACAAAAAAAUUGACUCGACUGUCACAGGAGCUCCUGUUCUAACACCAAGCUCCGUUCUCCUUCACUGCUGGACCAAAGGUAUGAUAUGCCAUCUAAACACACCUCACCGCUGCUCAUCAAUCAGUGGCCUUAGCUGUAAUAUAAUUGGCAUCAGGCCAUGCCUAUACAUUGGAUAGCAGCAGUGACGUGCAUGUAGACUGCACUUCAAGCCUCCAGUCCAUCGGGGACCAGAAGUGGAGAAGGGAGCUUGGUGCUGGAACUGGAGCAUCGGUGACAGGCGAGUCAUUUUUUUCAAUCCCUGCAUCCUGCCUGCACAUAUGAAAAGAAGUUCCUUGUGUCCAGAAUGGAGAGUGUCUAAAGAUAUUGGCUGGAGGACCCUACAUCUUGGACACAUCACGUAAUACUGCAGAGCUGCUGACGAUAUAUCAAAUUCAUGCUGUUGCCCUCUAGGGCCGGAGAGUGUAGAUCCUUGUUUUCGGUGAGGGGAGAGAGCAUGCAGGAUUUUGUUAUAUCCUUAUGGGCAUUGUAGUAGCCACUUUGCUCUGUCCAUUCAAAGAACUAUAGGCUGCAGUCAUUAGGAUAUUGUACAGUUCAGCUUUUGAGGACGAGUUGUGCACUUAUAGUUUUUAAAAACAGUCUAGAUGACUUAAUGUCGGCCAAACCCAACGAUUUUGCUGGGACCGGCUGACCUUCUAAUGUGUAUGGGGGGCUUUCUGAAUCUCCCAUGACUAGAUGUUGGGGAGAAUAUGAUCGGGCGUGUUGAAUUUCAACAUGUCUGAUCCUUUUGUUCUCAGGAAAUGGAAUCUACCACAAGACUAAAGACUAAGAUAUCUUACUAGCUUAUUCUCCUCUCCCAUAGAGAAUAUAUGCUUGCUCGGCUGAGCCGAAUGCACAUGUAUAUGGGAGAUUGGUAGAGAUCUCUAUCAGAUGAGUGAGCAUUCGGCUGACCACUAUUUUAUGUAUAUGGCCAACGUAACACUUGUGCUAUCAAUCAAAUUGUCUUGUGAUAGAUCCCCCUAAACGGCCCGGAUUGCUGCCACCUAGGAAACGGGAACCCAAUAUCUCCUGUUAAAAUGACCCAUUAAUAUAUACUUGUGUAUAUACUUGAAGCUGCACAAGACUAGAGUUCUGUGCUACGUUACUUGCGCUACCUAUGUAAAGAGGCUUAUUUAUAUAACCCAGUGAUUUUUUUUUUGUUUUUUUAUUGCUACUGAGCCAUUAUUGUGUGAACAGUAUUUUACCUAUUGUACAUCUUUUUCUUGUGUUUUUUUUUUUUUUUUUUUUUUUCUCUUUUCAGCAUUUAGGUAGUGAUGUAGCUAUAAUGUCUAACAGGUUAGACGCCUAAACAGUUAUGUAAAUCAGCAAAGCAUUAAAGAGCUUCUGUCACCCCACUAAACCGUUUUUUUUUUUGUUUACUUAUAAUCCCUAUCCCUAUACUGCGAUUU